AUGGCCUCAGCAGUGGCCCCAUCGUUUCGUUCAUCAAAAGAGACAACUAAUUACGCCACGUUAUGCAGGCUUCUGGUGGAUGUCAGAGCAGAUAUCUUGAGAAAGACUUUUGAUAAGAGGCGUCCAACAGGAGACCUGAACGCAGUAUUGUCAAGUCCCCCGUUUCAUGCAAUCUUAAACUCGCUUCGAAAGAAACAAAUUCUUAGUCCUUCUCUUUGGAGAAAACUAUAUCCUGCCAUCAAAUCUACAGUUUCAUCAAAGGAUUUCGAUAUCCCUCUACUGAUGGUUUUGCUGAGGAGUAUAUGCGGUCUUGUUCGUCCAGCUACCGGCUGGGAUACUCUUCCUCCUGCAGCAGACACAACCCUUGAGGCAGAGAUCGUUCGCAUCAAUUGCUUCAGAAACAAAGUUUAUCGUCAUGCCAGCGAGGCCUCAGUAGAUGAUUCAACAUUCAAUCAAUACUGGCAGGACAUCCAAGAUGCAUUGGUGAGACUGGGAGGAGCUGAUUACCAAAGUGCUAUUGAUGAUCUGAAAAAGGAAUGCAUGGACCCUGAUCUCGAAGAACACUACAUAGAGCUUCUUAAACAGUGCAUCAUGGAUGAAGUUAGCAUCAAAGAGAGACUGGAUGAAAUGGAAGCAAUCGUUAAUCCUAAAAAGAGAGCAGGAUCUAUGAAAAUAAAUGCAAGUAACGGUUUCUUUUCAGCAGUAGCAGAAUACUCCGAUGCGUUGAAAAAAUCAAUAAAAAGCCACACCGAGUACCUCGCUCAGGCCUCACCGACCAUGUCCAGAAUGAGAACAGAUGACAUAUUCACCAACAUUGUCAUGCAACAUGGAAGAAAAUCAGUCGAAGAUCUUGAUGUGAAACGAAAAGAACGCCUUCGCCAGUACGGUCAAAGAAGUGAAAAGCAAAUUGAAAGCUCUCAAGAAAUUUUCAUCUCGACCGAUGGGAAACAUCCAAAAUCUGUUCUUGUCACUGGAAAGGCAGGCAUCGGUAAAACACUGUUUUGUCAAAAGCUGAUCAGAGAUUGGGCUGACAACAAAUUGUUUCGAUCCAGAGCAAAUGCAGAAGUACCUGAUUUUAAGUUCGCAUACUUGCUCACGUUCCGUCAGCUUAAUCUACUUGAGGACGACCCCGUUACCUUGGAGGAUAUCUUAAACCGAUCUUCAGUGCUAGAUGACCGCUCAAAUAUCAGCGACUCUAUAUUUGAGUACAUUCUUCAUCAUUCCGAAGAAGUUUUGGUUAUCAUCGACGGGUAUGACGAGUGUUCACGACGAAAGUGCAUCGCUAGCGGUGGGGAUGAAAAGUACCCAAAUAACGCCAGAGAGAAAAUGCCAGUAGAAGCACUGUGUGCCAAGCUUAUCAAAGGAAAAAUACUGACAGACUCGGUCGUCAUGAUCACGUCAAGACCCGACGAAUCUGACGAAAUGAAAGCCAAAGACAUCCAUUUUGAUGGAUACUUUGAAAUUACAGGAUUUUCCGAGCCGCAGGUAAAAGAAUACAUCGGAAAGUAUUUCAAAAACAACGACCGAAUGAAAAACAUUGUAAUGGACCACAUUACAAAGAAUGUCAAUCUUGUCAGCUUUGCCCACAUUCCUGUACUUUGUUUUCUUAUGUGCUCCUACUAUGAAUAUACUCUACAGCAACCAAAGAAGAAUAAUCCUCUCCCGGUGAAAACAAGUGACCUUUAUGAUGGAGUGGUCAACAUGUUCGUGCGAAGACACGAUACAAAGAAAAGAGCCUCUCUCAAGAAGACUCUGGAUGAAUUAUCAAAGCUGGCAGCUCAACUUCUUCUGGAGAGAAAGUUUCUUUUCCUUAAAGAGGAUUUGAAAACUUUGAACUUAAGAAGUCUGUGUGGAAGCGGUCUUCUUCAUUGCGGUCCUCCUUUCAGAAAAUCUUUUUCUGAGACGACUAAACAUUUUUGUUUUACACAUUUGACUCUCCAAGAGUACUUGGCGGCUCGUUGGUUUGUAGAGACAAGAACUAUCCCCCCCAAACAUGUGUCUACAGAAGUAGUUCUAUUUAUGUCUGGUAUUUUGUCCAAGCAAAAAGACAACGAAUUUGAGGAAAAGAUGAUUAUCCACACAUUUCUCAGCGACGACUUAUUGGAAAAUGAAGCCACAAGGGGGCAUUUAAUUUCUAAAUGUCUCCUAAGAUACGAAGACAUUGAGUUUGCCAAGGGAAUAGUUAAGAGAUUUCACGACGUAUUCGACAUAAGAAAUGGAUCUUUUGGUCUUUCUUCCUUGGGUAGUAAGGGUGUGGACUGCCCUGCUGUGUCUUUUACAUUAAAUGUUUUUGGUGCACUCAGUGCAGAGAAGGAAUCUGAAUGGAAUACAAGUCAAGCACUGAAGAAACUAUCAUGUAAAGUCACCGAACUUAUUCUGGCUUAUAAUGAGAUCACUGAUACCGGUGUUGCCAGUCUAUGUCAAGUAUUACAGACACCAACAUGUAAAAUCACCAAACUUGAUCUGGGUGGUAAUGAGAUCAUCGAUGCCGGUGUUGCCAGUCUAUGUCAAGCAUUAAAGACACCAACAUGUAAAGUCACCGAACUUGGUCUGAGAGGUAAUCGGAUCACCGAUGCCGGUGUUGCCAGUCUAUGUCAAGUAUUACAAACACCGACGUCUAAAGUCACCAAACUUAAUCUGGGUGGUAAUCAGAUCACCGAUGCCGGUGUUGCCAGCCUAUGUCAAGCACUAAACAAACUAUCAUGGAAAGUCACCGAACUUUAUCUGGCUUAUAAUCAGAUCGCUGAUGCCGGUGUUGCCAGUCUAUGUCAAGCAUUACAGACACCAACAUGUAAAAUCACCAAACUUGAUCUGGGUGGUAAUGAGAUCACCGAUGCUGGUGUUGCCAGUCUAUGUCAAGCAUUACAGACACCAACAUGUAAAGUCACCGAACUUGAUCUGGCUUAUACUCAGAUCACCGAUGCCGGUGUUGCCAGUCUAUGUCAAGCAUUACAGACACCAACAUGUAAAAUCACCAAACUUAAUCUGGGUGGUAAUGAGAUCACCGAUGCUGGUGUUGCCAGUCUAUGUCAAGCAUUACAGACACCAACAUGUAAAGUCACCGAACUUGAUCUGGGUGAUAAUCAGAUCACCGAUGCCGGUGUUGCCAGCCUAUGUCAAGCAUUACAGACACCAAUGUGUAAAGUCACCGAACUUGAUCUGGGUGGUAAUCAGAUCACCGAUGCCGGUGUUGAUAGUCUAUGUCAAGCACUACAGACACCAACGUGUAAAGUCACCGAACUUAAUCUGGAGGACAAUCAAAUCACCGAUGCCGCUAUGGACCGUCCAAUGAAUAUCUUAGGGUACACAAGGGCUGAAGAAGACUUAGGAUGUUGGAAGUACAUUCCAUAAGCUGGAAACCACUCCGCUUCGCGUCGUGAUUUCCUACGCUUAUCUCGUGUUCUCCCAACCUUCCGCGUGUUUACAUCCGGCUAUGUAAACACGGAAACCAUUUUACAUUUCUUUUAUAAAAUAACUAUUAAAAGAGGAACGAAAACCGUGUUUACAUACGCUCAUGCAAAAUGGUUUUAUGGCCAAUCACUGCGCGCGUACGAUUUGAAUUAUUUUCUAAAAUGCCAAUAGCAAACACUUCAUCUUUUUGUUGUUCUUAAAAUGCAUUUAUUACUUAAUAUUUCUAUGAAUUAUAGAUUUUCAUAAGAAAAUCACAAGAUUUUAAGUACAACUUGGGAAAAAUUAGCACAAGUGAACUGUUCAAAGGCUACCCAAAUUGCACGAACCCGUAAGGCGUGUAAAAUUUUUAGUUCUUUAAAAAUAUACGGUUGUUGAUUUAACUACCCAAACCUUAACCCUAACCCUAGCACCAAACCAAACCGAGACUGAAACUGCUUUUCACUUCUGAGAAAACCAGGCAUUAAGAAAUCAAACAAUGACCACAGCUCCAGGACAUUACUCUGAAAAUAAAACAUGAGCAUGUCAUGAACGUAAAGCACUGUAUCAAAUCUUUGCAAGACUAAAAGAAGUAAAGCAAUACAAAAAACUACAAAAUUACGCUACCGUACGGAAAGAUAACUCAUAACAAAGGAGUAUGGUGAGAAUGAAACAAAAAUGAACGACACAUUAGAACGAGCAAGUCACAAUUGUCUCAAUAUUUAAUCUUGUGACGUAGAAUACUUUAGAAACAUGAACAACGUUUUGCUGUUCGACAGAAGCUGCUGUUGACAUUUCCUCACAUUAUACAAGGCAGAAGAAAAUAUUUAUCCUCCUCUUCGUAAGUAAGUGAAGAAGAUUUUAAGAUCUACAUGUGGAAUAGCUGUGGGAAGAGUGACUCGUCAUCUUCCCAUAUUUAAAUCGCAUAGCUUCAUUUGCU